AUGUUUGGCCCUGACAGAUGUGGUGCAACGAACAAGGUGCAUUUCAUCCUUCAGCACAAGAGUCCUGUCACUGGUCUUUGGGAAGAAAAGCACCUCUCAACGCCACCAAGCGUGCCCAGCGAGCGCCGAACACACCUCUACAGCCUCCUGAUUCGUCCUGACAAUACGGUAGAGGUUCGCAUUGACGGCGAGAAGACCUUCAGUGGAUCUUUGCUCCAGGAUAUGCAGCCACCUGUGAACCCGCCACAGGAGAUCGAUGAUCCCACCGACAGCAAGCCAGCUGACUGGGUGGACAACGCCAAGAUGGAUGACCCAGAGUCCUCAAAGCCUGAUGACUGGGAUGAAGACGCACCUUUCAUGAUCCCAGACCCCUCAGCUUCAAUGCCCUCGGGAUGGUUGGAAGACGAGCCUUUGAAGAUGGCGGAUCCCAAGUCCAAAAGGCCAGAUGAUUGGGAUGAUGAAGAGGACGGUGAGUGGGAAGCCCCUGUCAUUGAAAACCCCAAGUGCACUGUUGGAUGCGGAAAGUGGGAGGCUCCGAAGAUCAACAAUCCAGCCUAUAAAGGCAAGUGGUAUGCCCCAAAGAUUGACAACCCUGCAUACAUUGGCGAAUGGAAGCCCAGGCAAAUUGCCAACCCGGAGUACUUUGUGGAUGAGAGCCCAUACAAGAUUCCGACCAUUGAUUCCAUUGGCAUCGACAUUUGGACUAUGGACAAAGGAAUAAUUUUCGACAACAUUGUCGUGGAUAAGAACCCUGAGAAGGUCGUAGAAUUUGGUGAAGCGACCUUUAAGCCUCGCAGCGAGAUCGAGGUAAAACAGGACAAGUCUGCAAGCAGCGAGAGCCUUUUCAGCCAGUACUUGGAUUGGGUCUUCAACAAUCCUGUUCCAGUGUUGAUCACCAUUGUGGUGUUGCUCAUCAGUAGCCUCCUGCUUUUCUGCAGAAGUAGCGGGACGCCUUCCCCACCAAAAGGACCUGAAGGAGAGCAAGCCAGUCCACAGCGAAAGAAGUUGCGGGAAUAUGGCACCAAAGCAAGGUCAGACUCGCCAUCAAGGAAGAAGACGGAGGACACCAAGGAUGGGGAUACUACUUCAGCACCGCAGGACGCAGCGAGCUUGCAUCAUGAGUUGUGCAACACGGCACGCUCAGCUCGUGGCAAAGGUGGAGGGAAAGGCAAAGAUGAAAAGGCCAUUGCGCGAAUUGCGAGAGCAAACAAGUACAAGCAAAAGGCCUUGGAAAAGGAACUGGAGGAGGCUGAGAAUAGCAAAUACCGGGAUCGUGCAGCUGACCGUCGUGAUUUGAAAGCUGAGUAUGAGAAAGUCGCCGCAGAGUUCGAAAACCAUGGCGAAGUCUCGGUUGAACAAUCGAAAUAUCUUGGAGGUGAUUUGGAGCACACGCACCUGGUGAAAGGCUUGGACUUUGCUCUUCUGAACAAGGUCCGGGCGGAGCUGAAUAAACAAAAGAAGGUAGAAGAGAUCCAGAAAGCCAAGCAGCAACAGCGCAAGCCUGGUGAGAAGAAGCGCACCUUUGAGAACCGCAUUGCAAAGAACGUGUGGCUCACUGUCGUGGAUACGCUGCAUCCGCACCACAGCACCUUCAAGGAGCGCGUCCAGAGGAUGGGCAAAGCCAUCGCACAGGGCCACCGCAUUCGCAACGCUCCAAGCAUGUUUCUUCCUGGUCGCAUGGCUUAUGAGUUCGACACGGAGCUGGAGAUGGGCAAGACGGAUAUCCCGCGUAUCGUUUACAUGAGCAAGGAGGAGAUUGCUCCGAGCGAGCGAGGCAAGCUCACCUCCGGUAUGCUGCCGGAGACUGCUGUUCGAGUCCGAAAUGCCAUGCAGAAGGCAGCAGAGGAACGAAAGAAGCGCAAGGAAAAGAAUCUGGCCGCAGGCACGGCCUAUGCGGCUCAAAAGGUCGAGGUCUCCAAGUUUAAGGCCAGGGAUAGCGACAACGACAUUUUUUCUGGUGCAGGUUCCUUUGAUGCCAAUGAAUUUGUCCAGAAGGCACGUGCGGAACAAGCGGCGAAGCAAGGCCCGCAAAGUCUUCAAGAUGCAAAGGCUGCAAAGGCGGAAGCAAAGAGAGAAAAGGAGAAGGACAAAGAGAAGAGCAAGGAGAGGGAUAAAGCAAAGGCAAAGGCUUCUUACUUUGACGAUGCUGGUGACGAGAAAUAUCGACAAGCUCCAGAGAGGCAGCUGGAUUUAGACGAGAUAGAGGUGGAGGAGUCCACCUUGGAGCCUGGCCAGUUCCACAAGCCCACUGGCCGCUUCCAAGCGUCAAGCAAGUUCAAAGGUGCACGGAAGAAUUGGGUUUUCAAACUUGGAGAGCAGGGCCUGGGCUACUAUGAGGAAGUGCCACCCAAGAAGAAGGUUGAGGCAGCCCCACCUCAAGAGAAGGACCCACGGAAGAGAAAGGCAGCAAAAAGCAGCGGCAGUGGACCGCAAGGCAUGGGAAAUCCAGGCAAUGAUGCCUAUGAUGAGCUUUUCCCCAAUGCCAUGAUGGGUGGUGCUAUGAUGACCACUCAUAGCGAUGACAGCGAUGAGGAUGAGGCGAAGAAAAAGAAAGAUAAGAAAGGGGCUGACAAGAAGAAGGUGAAUGAGGACACUGUAACAGCCAACAAGAAGAGUGCAGCAGCAGAAGCCAAAAAGAGGAAGAUGACAGAAAACCAGCAAUGGCAGAAGAUCGACAACAUGAUCAAAAAGGGAAAAGUGAGCUCGAUGGAGUCGAUGGAGCAGCAAGCCUCCAAGAAGACCGGGAAAACCAGCCACCUUGCAACACCAGCUUUCUUCUGA